UGUGUUGGAGAACAAAACCAAAUUCAUUUCGUCUCUCUAGAAACUCCUACUCUCUCUCUCUACGCAGAAAGAUCAUGGUGUAAUACAAUCCUCAAUCGGUACCUGUCCCCAGCUCCUUCCUCUCCAAAAACCCUAGAAAAAAUACCAACACAAAAAAAAAAAAAAAAAAUGCAAAUCCAUAAAUGCCCUUCGUCUCUCUUCCCAAACCUCACUGUAUAAAGCCAUAGCUAAGCUCUUUCACAAAUUUUCUCUCCCUAGACACUUGUAGGAAAAGUUAAAAGAGAAAAAAAAAGAAAAAAAAAGAAAAAAAGAAAAAAACUCAUAAAUCAAAAUCUGGAACCUGUCAUUCGCAAAGAUUCAUUUCUUCUCUUACUCAUACCACUAAUCGCAGCUUACUGCACUAUAUGCUUCCAAGAAAGCGAGCUUGCGAAGGAGCGGUUGUAGAAGAAGACAGGGAUACUAACAACAACAACAGCGCAAGCGCAUCUCCUAUCAAGAGGCAUCGGAUCGGUUGUUUCUCCGCCCACACAGCUGGACCGGCCACGAACGUCGUUAGCAGCAGCAGCAGCAACAACAAUCAUAGUAGCAGUAGCGUAGCUAAACAAGAAGAAGAACACACAAUCGUCAUGGCUAUGGGGGAUUCGAACCCUUCCGACAUCGAUGAGGAUCUGCACAGCCGACAGCUCGCGGUCUACGGCCGCGAAACGAUGCGGAGGCUCUUUGCCUCGAACGUCCUUGUAUCUGGGCUGCAGGGUCUCGGUGCUGAGAUUGCAAAGAACCUCGUUCUUGCUGGUGUCAAAUCUGUGACCUUGCAUGAUGAAGGGGUGGUGGAGCUUUGGGAUUUUUCGGGUAACUUUCUCUUUUCUGAGAAUGAUGUUGGUAAGAACAGAGCACUUGCUUCUGUCCAAAAGUUGCAAGAGCUCAACAAUGCUGUUAUUGUACAUACAUUGACUUCGGAGUUGAAGAAAGAACAACUUUCUGAUUUUCAGGCUGUUGUAUUCACUGAUAUCAGUCUUCAAAAGGCCAUUGAAUUUAAUGAUUACUGUCAUAGUCAUCAGCCUCCUAUUGCCUUCAUUAAAACUGAAGUUAGAGGCCUUUUUGGUUCUGUGUUCUGUGACUUUGGACCUGAGUUCACUGUUUUUGAUGUUGAUGGAGAAGACCCACACACUGGUAUAAUCGCAUCCAUCAGCAAUGACAACCCUGCUCUAGUAUCGUGUGUUGAUGAUGAAAGACUUGAGUUUCAGGAUGGGGAUCUUGUUGUCUUUUCUGAAGUUCAUGGAAUGACAGAACUGAAUGAUGGAAAGCCUAGGAAGAUUAAAAAUGCUAGGCCUUAUUCUUUUACUGUUGAAGAGGAUACCACGAAUUUUGGUACCUAUGAGAAAGGUGGUAUUGUCACGCAGGUGAAACAACCCAAAGUGUUGAACUUUAAGCCAUUAAAAGAAGCACUUAGAGAUCCUGGUGAUUUUCUUCUGAGUGACUUCUCCAAAUUUGAUCGACCACCUCUCCUACACUUGGCUUUUCAAGCACUGGAUAAGUUUGUGUCUGAGUUAGGACGGUUCCCGAUUGCUGGUUCAGAAGAGGAUGCUCAGAAGCUUAUAUUGCUUGCUGGUAAUAUCAACGAGACUCUGGGAGAUGGGAGCCUGAAAGAUAUUAAUCCAAAACUUUUGCGGCACUUUGCCUUUGGUGCCAAGGCAGUACUGAACCCUAUGGCUGCCAUGUUUGGUGGCAUUGUUGGACAAGAAAUUGUAAAAGCAUGCUCUGGAAAAUUUCACCCACUCUUCCAGUUCUUCUACUUUGACUCAGUGGAGUCGCUUCCAACAGAGCCACUAGAUUCCAGUGAAUUUAGACCAUUGAAUAGCCGUUAUGAUGCUCAAAUUUCAGUGUUUGGAUCUAGGCUUCAGAAGAAGCUAGAGGAUGCUAAAGCAUUUAUUGUUGGAUCUGGUGCACUAGGAUGUGAGUUUUUGAAAAAUGUUGCCCUGAUGGGUGUUUCAUGUGGCAAUCAAGGGAAGCUAACAAUCACAGAUGAUGAUGUAAUUGAAAAGAGUAACCUCAGUAGGCAAUUCCUCUUCCGUGAUUGGAACAUUGGGCAGGCUAAAUCCACGGUUGCUGCUUCUGCUGCUGCAUUGAUAAAUCCUCAUCUCAAUAUUGAAGCUUUGCAGAACCGAGUUGGGCCUGAAACUGAGAAUGUGUUUGAUGAUGCUUUCUGGGAAAAUUUGAGUGUCGUAAUUAAUGCACUAGACAAUGUCAAUGCCAGGCUUUAUGUUGAUCAGAGGUGUCUAUAUUUCCAGAAGCCACUUCUUGAGUCGGGGACUCUUGGUGCUAAAUGCAACACUCAGAUGGUUAUUCCUCACCUAACUGAAAACUAUGGUGCCUCGAGAGACCCACCUGAGAAGCAAGCACCCAUGUGCACUGUACACUCCUUUCCACAUAACAUUGACCAUUGCUUGACAUGGGCUCGAUCUGAAUUUGAGGGUUUGCUUGAGAAGACUCCAGCUGAAGUGAAUGCAUAUCUGUCCAAUCCAAGUGAAUAUGCUGCAGCUAUGCGUAAUUCUGGUGAUGCACAGGCUAGAGAUAACUUGGAGCAUGUCCUCGAGUGCCUUGACAAAGAAAAAUGCGAGACAUUUCAAGAUUGUAUUCUCUGGGCUCGCUUAAAGUUUGAAGAUUAUUUUGCUAAUAGAGUUAAGCAGUUGGUUUAUACUUUUCCUGAAGAUGCUCCAACAAGUACUGGAGCUCCAUUCUGGUCAGCCCCUAAGCGAUUCCCCCAUCCACUGCAAUUCUCAGCUCAUGAUCCUGGUCAUCUUCAUUUUGUUAUGGCAGCAUCUAUACUACGAGCUGAGACAUUUGGUAUUCCAAUUCCUGACUGGGUUAGAAAUCCUAAGAAGUUGGCUGAGGCUGUAGAUAGGGUUAUCGUCCCAGAGUUUCAGCCCAAGAAAGAUGUCAAAAUUGUGACUGAUGAGAAGACUACCAGUGUUACUGCUGCAUCUGUAGAUGAUGCACUUAUAAUUAAUGAAUUGAUUAACAAGUUGGAGCAUUGUCGAAAGAACUUGCCACCAGGGUUCAAGAUGAAACCAGUUCAGUUUGAGAAGGAUGAUGAUACCAACUAUCAUAUGGACUUAAUCGCUGGGCUUGCCAACAUGAGGGCCAGAAAUUACAGCAUUCCUGAGGUUGACAAGCUGAAAGCCAAGUUUAUUGCUGGAAGGAUUAUCCCUGCAAUUGCAACCUCCACAGCAAUGGCAACAGGUCUCGUGUGCUUGGAGCUGUACAAGGUUUUGGAUGGAGGCCAUAAGCUAGAGGACUAUCGAAACACGUUUGCCAAUCUUGCAUUGCCUUUGUUCUCCAUGGCCGAGCCAGUUCCACCAAAGGUUAUCAAGCAUCGUGACAUGAGCUGGACUGUUUGGGAUAGGUGGAUCCUGAAAGACAAUCCUACUCUAAGGGAACUACUUGAAUGGCUCAAAGCUAAGGGACUGAAUGCUUACAGCAUCUCAUGUGGGAGUUGUCUGCUUUAUAAUAGUAUGUUUCCUCGACACAGGGAGCGAAUGGACAAGAAGGUGGUGGAUCUGGCUAGAGAAGUUGCGAAAAUGGAACUCCCUCCUUACCGUCGACAUUUGGAUGUUGUGGUGGCAUGCGAGGAUGACGAAGAUAAUGAUAUUGACAUUCCGCAGAUAUCAAUCUAUUUCCGUUAAGCUCCUUUUCUCUCUCUCCCGCUCUUUUUUGCUUUUUUCCCUUGGUACACCGAUUCAGUUGAAGAAAAUGGACCUAAGGAGCAAUUUGCUUUAAGGAUUUCUUGUUACAUGAUUUAAAUAGGUAACAACUUUAAAGAACCCUGUAACUUUGAAUAUAUCCAAUGGUUAUAAUGUUGUCGAGUCUUCCAUCGUCCUCGUCAAAGGAUGAUGGGGAGUGUAGAGGUA